AUGGGAAAGCAAUCGAAAGGAUUAAAGAAGAACCGCGAUGUUUUGCCCAAUGCAAACCGAAGAUCGACAAGAAUAUCACAAGUCGGAUCGGAAGAAUUUUUCCAAUUGGAUAAUAAAGGGAAAUCGAUGAGGGUCAAAUACCAGAAUGGGUUUCCGGUUAAAAGAAGAUCGAGAUCUGCAUCAACCCGCUCUCGAUCUCGUUCCGAACGCACCCGUUCCCAUUCUCGCACCCGUUCUCAUUCCCGCUCUCAUUCCCGCUCUCGUUCCCGUUCGGAUUCUCGUCGCAAAUCUCGCGUCGAAAACAAGAAAUCGAAACGUGACGCCUCUGCGAAACCCGCAAAGUAAGUUUUAUUCUCAAAUAAAAAUUCGAAAACUAAUUUAUUCUUCUUUUAGAACCGCGGCAGCUUCAACCAAAAGUGCCAAAGUUGUUCGCGAGAAGUCGGCAUCGAGAAAAUCGAAGUCGGACAGAGGAGAAGAAAAGAAACAAGAGACUGGCAAGAAAUCGUAUGCUAGAAAAUCUUCGGCCGCUGUUAAACCUGCUGCCGCAAAAAGAACAAGCAAAAAAGCCUGA